CUCUCUCUCUCUCUCUCCCCCUCUCUCUCUCGUUUCGCAGAGCAAUGGCCGCCAAUUUCUGGACAUCUUCUCACUUCAAACAGCUUCUAGACCAGGAAGAGGUGGACGUUCUGCAUUCUCCCGACAAAGAGAAAGGCCUUACUCUAGAAGAAUUCAAGUUCAUCAAGAGUCACAUGACCUCUUAUAUUUCGAAACUGGCUUUUCAUGUUAAAGUGAGGCAAAGGGUAGUAGCUACAGCAGUUACUUAUUUCAGACGUGUUUAUACAAGGAAGAGUAUGACAGAAUAUGAUCCACGUCUUGUCGCUCCAACCUGUUUGUACCUGGCAUCGAAGGCAGAAGAAAGCACUGUGCAGGCCAGACUUCUCACAUUUUAUAUCAAAAAAAUGUCUUUGGAUGAAAAAUAUCGAUAUGAAAUCAAAGAUAUUCUUGAAAUGGAAAUGAAGCUUCUAGAAGCACUUGACUAUUAUCUAGUUGUUUAUCAUCCUUAUCGUGCAUUGUCCCAAUUACUACAGGAUGCGGGCUUGACAGAUUUGACCCAGUCAUCUUGGUGCAGGUCUCUUGUAAACGACACUUAUAGGAUGGAUCUCAUCCUUAUUUAUCCUCCAUACAUGAUCGCACUGGCUUGUAUAUACAUUGCAUCUGUACUCAAAGAUAAAGACACAACCGCAUGGUUUGAAGAGCUCCGUGUUGAUAUGAAUGUGGUAAAGAACAUCUCCAUGGAAAUAUUGGACUUCUACGACACAUAUAAGCUUUCUUCGGAUGAGAGGACAAAUGCCGAGAGGACAAAUGCCAUUCUAAACAAGCUGGCAUUGAAGGCCUAAAGUGAGGUUGGUUGGCUUUAGAUCCUUGGAAUGCUUUUCGGCGUCUAUGCGCAUGUCAUGAUAAUGCAUGAUCUUUAAGAUAGCAUACACAUGGAUGCAUGUCGACACGUGUGCCUGAAAUGGAUCUGUGUUCCUGAUAUUUUUCCAAUUAGGAAAGAUACCCAUAGUAUGUAAACUUGAGGCUAAACAUGAUUAAUGCGAGGAUAUUUAGUUUCUGUCAGGGAAACAAAUGAACGGUAACAGAUAGAAAUUGAAAUUGCAUGUCUAUCGAAUUUUAUUUAAUUUCAGGGGUGUGUGUGUUUAUACACACACUUGCCAGACUCCAUUUA